AYUUUGUACUGUCACCCCUUCAGGAGCAGGAAAAUCGAUGUGCAGAUGUUCCAUCAUCUCGAGGAAGAGCAUUGCAACAAACAGGUGUAAGGCAAAACACCAUUGAACGCAACUUCCUUUGAACGCAGUUCCGUCCGACCAUUGUAUUAUUGUCAUCACAUCGCACACCAUAGCAAUAAUACAGUCAUGAAACAACGACAACGAAGGAAGGUCCGACCAUUUUAUUAUUGUCAUCACAUCGCUGACAUGGAACAACGACGACGAAGGGAGAAAAUUGCCCCUUUUUGGAUCUUUAGUCUUCUCUCAUUGUUUUUUACUCUUCUAAACWUAUCGUGGUCUUUUCUGACCAGUUCGGGUUUCGCUAAUAAACAARCAGAAAAAGAAACAAUCCUUCCUGCAAGGUUGUCGCAUCUGAAAAGGAAUUGCUGCAACUUGAAGGCUUUUGCCAACAUUGGACAUGGUCUUACAGAGAAUGGACUUCGUGCUGCUCUUUGCGGAGGGGUGAUCGCACUGGGAAGUGACUGGAAGGGAACCACGAUAUCGUCUCAGACUAAAAGGGCUCUUACCCUUGCCUUCGGCGCUCCCGCAACAAAGAAAUCAUGCAGGCAAUGGCACGAGGCGCAUUGGCAAUGGACAACUAAAGAGAUCACGACAAAGGCUGCAGUUGAUGAUGCGAGAGACACAAUGGCCUACUUCCUCAUGCACAAAUCGUUUUAUCAGUCGGAAGUGGGCUACGAUGCAAGACGUGUGUCUGGUGGGCUGCGCUUGUUUCAGGAAAAGCUUUUCGGCGCGUGUGGUGUGGAACAUCGCCUUGGUGCCAAAUGGCCGCCGAACGAACAAGAAAUAGAGCCAGGCGGAAACCGUACCCACCGCCGCCCGCCUAAGCGCGUAGUCAUCGUGAAGCGCGGUGUCGACCGCAUUCUGACGAAUGCAAGAGAGGCCCUGGAGGCAUGCAAGAUGACGGUUGGAGGGUCGAUGUCCUGCGAGAUCUUCGAUGCCGAGACGCUGAGAAGGGAUCUCGACCCGUGCACGAUAUUAGAAUCUUUCAAGGAUGCGAUCGUGGUGGGGUUGGAGGGCGCAGAACUCGUUUAUCCACUUCUAAUCGGCAGCCAGAUUCUCAUCGUUGCUAGUCGUGCCGACAAAGUGGGUCUGGUYCAGCAAUUUAGUCGGUACGGAGAGCUCGCAAUGGAGAACACUACCGGAGUAGAACGAAUUCUAGCGCCAGGAAUKGUUACAACAAAAGAUAGAAGGCUUGAUCAUUUUUAUAUCGAGUUUGCACUGCACUUCGGGGCAGAAUUGAGCACCACAGUUGGACUAUGGAACGUGACUGAGCAGAAACGGAACUACACAAGACCSGUCUGUAUCAGGGUUCCACGCUUUUGCGACGACAAAGCCAUCAAUCUCACUGAGUUCAAGACGUAUCUGGAAGAAAAAAAGGAAGAAUAUUCUCUCGCCGGCGUCGGUGUCGAUGUUGGUGCCGAUGUUGGUGCCGAUGUUGGUGCCGAUGUUGGUGCCGAUGUUGGUGCCGAUGUUGGUGCCGAUGUCGGUGCCGAUGUCGAUGUCGAUGUCGAUGUCGAUGUCGAUGUCGAUGUCGAUGUAGAAUCUGAACCUACUUCUGCGUCCAAAUCCAUCGCCAAGAAAGUGAACGGGAAUAGCAGGGAACAAUCAUCUGCCUUUUGUUUGCUCGUGAAGGACGACAACGAUAUUCUCCCUGAAUGGAUUGCCUAUCACUAUCACGUUUUUAAAAUGCGUCGCUUGAUCGUAGCACUUGAUCCCGACAGCGAAACCUCUCCUCUUGAAAUCUUGCAGUCCUUUGCCAGCGAGACUUCCUUCGAAGGACGGUUCCACCUCGACUUCACAAUCUGGAAUGACAAGGACUACACCCCUGAGUUUUUUCAAGGAGACAAAAAAGACUACUCAAAAAUACCGAUCACGGUCAAAGAAGAAAUACAUUUUAAGAAGAAGAUUACUGAUCCAAAAAGGCUAACCGCUGCCGACAUUGAAAAUAGACAUAUUUUGUCCACGRCUUGGCACCGUAACGAAACCUACAACAAGAGACACCAAACCGUGGUGAAGCGCGUCGCCCACAAAAUGAACAACCACCGGUUCCGCCAAAGAAUUUUUGUACGCGAAUGUUAUCGUAAGAUCAAAGAGGAACAAAUGGAUGCAUACCAGGUUGGUCAAGGAGAGCAACAAGAUAGUGGCAGUGGUCUUAUUUCGUGGACUGUUCACAUCGACACGGAUGAAUUCUUGGUGCCCAAUCCAUGGAUUUCUGCCUAUGUUCAGAGCAAUAGCAGCGAGCAUCUAACGRACCACAGCAGUGUCAACGCGUACGAACACAAAGAAGACUACGAAAAAUUGCUGAAUUURACCGGUUACAAACCCCAUGACCUUGUAGCUUUGUAUCCCAAACGACCUUCGGAUGUUUCUCUGUGGAAUUUUUUCAGCGACUAUAUCAGCRAACUGCCGAGAUAUAAAGAAUGCAUCGUGAUACCGCGGGUACUAUUUGGAGACAAAGAAGWAGAUGAUGGGACAUCUAUCAGUACAACUUUCGCAAAUUUUAGUGGGAUGAGUGCAUCCUGGAACCACGCCAAAUUUCAAUCUCUCCGAUGGAAGUACCACGCAAGGUUCAACUCCAGCAUUGAGCUUUCAAAAACCAUUGUACGGACCAAUACACUAGAUCUGACCAGUAACCGGGGAUCUGRGCCUGUCAUUAGUAUUCACCGUCCCCUGGAUUCCUGUCCACCACAGGAACUUUCCCUACAAAUCUACCCAAAAGUACGGAGGGUCCACAAGCCGCUUGUGGCCUACCACUACUUGGGAUCCCAAGAGCGCUAUUUGUCACGGAAGGAUCCUCGGCGUAACAUAUUGAGCUUUCGGAAGCKUAACUCACACGCGAAUGAUGCCAUUGGGGAUGAGAACUACGACGCUGAUAUGACAAAUACCACACAGGACCAUCCUUCCAUAUGGCUAGAGGGAUGGCUGGACGCGUUUAUCGAAACCCAUGGGGCUGAUGCCGUCUUCACAGUUCUGGGYAAUCCUUACGCAACCGUACAUAUGCAACAGUAAAGCUCCGCUGUGAUGCACGAUGAGUAAUAUGGCCGCCAGACCUACGACUGGUUUAACAGUUUUUAAGGCUUUCGUAGCAUUCUAGCAGACUUCUCAGUACCAAUAGGACUCGUUUAUCGCAACUAUUAAAAUUACUCAGAGUUU